AUGCAACGAUCCUCUGACCGCACCAUGCCUGCCAUCAGCUCUCCUCUGUCCCCCAGGUCCCAACCUCUCGACAUCCCUUCCCAGGCUCGACGCCGACCAGCUCUGAACCCACGCCAGUCUAGCAACCAUGGCCCUGCUGCCCAUCUGAGGCUCCCCUCGCUGCCUCGCUUCCAUCCUGCCAACUAUGCCUCUUCCCAGAGCUCCAACCACUCCAGCCAAGCAAACACACCAAUCACUGGUCCCGACAGCCCGCACUCGCCUGCCUCUCCUCGAUCAACCAACAGGCAAUUUGAGGUCCAAAGACAAAUGUACCUCUACCAGCAGCAGCUUCUCGCCAACACCAGCCGUCAGCACAAGGGCUUUGGCCCCAGGCCAACCAGCCCCCGUCUCGAGCCCCUAGCUAGCCCUGGAGCCGUCACACCCCUAGAGCUCGAGGAUGAGGUCGGCGGCUACCUCACAGCCGGUGUAAGCCGAGCCGAGGCUGACCAGCACGUUGAAAAGUUCAUUCGUGAGGAGGCUCGUCGUCGAGGCGAGUACUCUCCCGGUAGGACUACCUCCGUUGGCGGCAGAUGA